UUUAAAGGUUCCAGGGCAUUGUCACCCCCUCCACCUCAGACUUGCACUUUUGUUGGCUGGAACCACAGAAGCCCAGCAGAGAAUCCUGAAGAGGCUCGCUGGCACCCAGCCGCCCCCGGUCCCUUCUGGAACCUCCCCACGUGGCAGGAGGAGGGGACGGGAGAAUCAACCCUGGUGGAGGACUGGGCAGUAGCGCAAAAUGAGCAAGAUCUCGCCUCAGGUCACCAGGUCCAAACAGCAAAAACGUACAAGUGGUUAGGACUUGGCACUUAGAGAAGGUUCGAGAGUUCCCGUCACACAGGAAAGACCGUUCUGAGCCCCAUUUGCAAGUGCUUGGCCUGGGGUAGGGUCCCUGGAGGUGGGGGAGAGGAGGGAGGAGUUGGGUCCACCCUGUCCCGGAGGGGAGGGGAGGGGAGGAGGAAGCAUGGCCAGGCCCUUCCCGAGGAGGGAGGGUGCCGGAUUUUCCCCAGGUGUGGCCCGAGGUAUAAAGGGCGCCCCAAGCCGGCUGCAGCCAGGGCAGCCACCGGGUACACCGGGACGGCCAGGUGCACCGCCGCGGAGCCCCCGCUGCGAUGCUCCUCUCUGCCCUCCUGCUCCUGCUCUGGCUGCCCACCAGCCUGGCUCACCACAGCCCCCCACCCCGGGCGGGGGCCCGCACCCACACCGCCGGGACCCCGCGCUGCUACUCGGCGGAGGAGCUGCCCCUGGGCCUCGCCCCUCCCCGCCUGCUGGCUCGAGCGGCCAAGUGGGAGCAGGCGUUGCCGGUGGCGCUGGUGUCCAGCCUGGAGGCGGCGGGCCGCAGGAGCCGGCGCGCGGGGCCCCCGGCCGGGAACCAGUGCCCUGUGCUGCAGCCUGAGGAGGUGCUGGAAGCUGACGUCCACCAGCGCUCCAUCUCGCCCUGGAGAUACCGGUGAGAGCGGGCCUCCCUGGGCCCCCGCCCCUGGCCCCCGCCCCUGGGC